AUGGUGUUGCGACUCUCGAGCAUCGCCUUUACGGCGGUUGCUAUUCUCUUCCUUUGUCUUUCAACGUUCGCCAAUGCCGAAAACACUCGCCAACAUCACGGCAGCCGUGCUCGGUAUCACCGUCGUUCCAAUGUAAUCACCAAGGCUCCUGCAUGGGCCAAGGAGAUCACCAACAGCCCGGGUCACCAGAACCCUGCCAUGGCACCUCCGGACCCAACUGUCGAACUUGAGCUUUCUGAUGAUUCUGCUACCAGCCUGGAUCAGUACUAUAAGGACGCUGAAAAUGCUACCGAGUCUUCUGAUGUGACCCCUAACAAGUCUCAUCUUUCACGCCGAUCAUUGGAGAAGCGUGGAAGUGGCCCUCUGUACUGCAAGGAUGGCCCUUGUGCCGAUGAUAGUUGCUGCGGCCCCAAGGGCAUCUGCGGUUAUGGUCCAGACUAUUGCGGUGAUGGAUGCUCAUCCAACUGCGAUGCUACAGCCAUGUGCGGAGAGUACAGUGAAGAGGGCGAGAUGCCUUGCGGCAUGAACCUCUGCUGUUCUGCUUCGGGAUGGUGCGGUACUACUGAAGUCUUUUGCGACAAUGCCGAUCCUCUCCAUAAAACUCUUCCCUGCCAAGCCGGCUACGGAUCUUGCAACAUCGCCUCCUCCCCUUCAUGCGCCAAGGGCGGCGGCAGCACCAAUGGCCGGACUAUCGGCUACUACCAGUCCUGGAACGUGCGAGCCCGCAAAUGUGACACCAAGACCCCGAAGCAGCUUAACACCAAAGGUUUCACUCAUCUCUUUUACUCUUUCGCCUUCAUUGAUCCUGUUUCCUUCAAGGUCACCCCCGCCCAUGACGAUGAUGUCAAGCAGAUGCGCGAGUUCACUGACCUAUCCAAGGACGGUAAGUUGCAAACUUGGAUCGCUAUCGGUGGGUUUGACUUCAGCAAUGAGAACACAUCUACUCACACCACUUGGAGCGACAUGGUGUCUACCAAGGAAAACAGAGCUGCUUUUAUUGAGUCAGUUCGUGCUUACAUGGAUGAAUAUGGCUUCCAGGGCGUUGAUCUCGAUUGGGAGUAUCCUGGUGAGCCCAAGCGCGGUGGUCGAAAGCUUGCUGAUACUCGCAACUUCUCCAUGCUGCUCAAGGAAAUGCGUGCAGCAUAUGGUAGCAAAUAUGGUAUCAGCUUGACCUUGGCUCCUGAUUACUGGUACCUUCGUUGGUUCGAUGCAAAGGCUAUGGAGCCUUAUGUGGACUUCUUUGGCUUCAUGGCUUAUGAUCUCCACGGCUACUGGGAUGAAGAUGUCAAGACUCUCGGCAAGAUCAUCCGCGGUCAAGCUGACAUCCGAGAAAUUGGCAACAACACCAUUCCUCUGUGGUUCGGUGGACUUGAUCCGAAGAAGAUCAACUUCGGCCUAGCUCUGUACGGUCGCGGCUACACUGUCGCUGACAAGAGCUGCAAUAGUCUUGGCUGCUCCUUCGUUGGUCCCAGCAAGAAGGGCGAGUGCACUGACUCUGAUGGUGUCAUGUCUCUUGGAGAGAUCAAGAAUCUCAUCAAGAAGGGCGUCAAGUCUGUUUAUCUCAAGGACUCCAUGAUGAAGCAGAUCACUUUCGACGAUCAGUGGAUUGGAUAUGAUGACCUCGAUGGCAUUGGCGCGAUUCCCAAGGACCUUCAAGACAAGGUCCUCAAGAAGUGCGACACCGGCUUCUCUUACGACAACUAUGGCGACUUGCCAAGACUCUGGUAUGACUCUGGAGCUGAGCAGUGGGCUGAUGCCUACAUCAAGUCUCAGAAGGAUCACACGAACUGGGCCCAGAACCUUUACCGAAAUCUCUUUGAGAAGAAGGACCAUACCAAGUUCUCUUGUGUUACGCCUAACUCCAGAUGUGACUUUGAAGCUUCUUGCGCUGAGUUCAACAAGAUUGGCAAGGGUGGACUAUACUACCUCUUCCAGUCCAUGUCCAGUUUCCAUACCUUCAUGAAGGCUCUGAACCAACAGUUCGACAGCAAGAUCACUCUGACUCUUGCCACCGUCUCCGAGAUGAGACUUAUCCUCGACAUCAAGAGUGGUCUUCCCCAAACAACCAUCAACAUCGGUAGCGUUCUCGGUUCAGCCUUUAGCAUGGCGAGCGCUGUUGCUGCGCCUAUUCCCGCUGUCGGUGGCCCCCUUGCUGGUAUCUCCGGCCUUGCUAGCUUGAUUGGAACCUUCACCAGUACAGUUGGUGGUAACGACAAUGCCGUUGACGCGACCGACACUUUGACUUUCGCAGUCAAGACCGCUGCAGUGGAGGGCAAGAGAAAAAUCGCCAGCAUUGUCUCCUCAGUAUACGGUGACUUUGGACAUGCGCAGGCCGAAGUCUUCGGCUAUGGUUCCUGGUUGAGAGAUAACGAUCUCACUGACCUGAGUGGUGCCGUGGAGAGAAUGUCGGACAAGAUGAACCAAGCUCUUCUGUGGCAGAUGGCGAGACUCUUCAAGGGUUUCUACGUGGUGAUUCGAGACGAUCUACCUAUCAACAAGUGCAUCCAUCCCAACAACGCAUGGGACGACAGGACCGGCCGCUGUCUCGACAUCCUCUCUUGGUGGCCCAAGACAGCAUCCGGUCGUGUUGGCGGUGAUCUCGCCAUGGAGAAAGUCUGGGAUAAGUGGAACAUGUCUCCUCUCUGGACUCUGCGCAACGCCGUCGAAUGCUGGGAGAACAACGGCGGCAAAAUCGGCGAUGCAAAGGUCAAGGCUCUUCAGAGCGAGUGGAACAACGGUGUCCCUCCUCCUUGCUUCUUCGCUAUGCCUGUUCUCAAGGGUAACUGGUCCAAGGAUGCUGCUUCUGAUGGUGCAAUCUGGCUUGCUGGUGACUUUGUUGGGCAGGAAGGUCAGGCUGGUAGACUUUGGCCGAAGGAUAAGUGCGACAAGGCGAAUAGGGAACUUGAUCCGAUUACUGGUGGUCAGGUGAAGAAGUGCAGCAGUCUCAACAAGGUUGGAGGGGAGAAAUAG